AUGGAUGACAACUCGUUCGACGGGAAUCCGGGUCCUAUUCAGCCGGGAAAUGGACAGCAGUUGCCUACCGGGAAUGUGCGACCGAUUCCGCAGCAGCAACAGUUCAGAAAUCCGCCUCCAGCCGGACAAGUGGACCCGUACCUGCUAUGGUUUCAGCAGCAGCAGCAGAAUUAUGUCACGGACCUUUUUCGGCAGCAGCAGGAGAUUAUGCAGCAACAACAGCAAGCGUUUAUGGCCCAGCAGCUGAUUCGCAGUAUAAUGACAUCGAUCCAGGUGCAGGUCCCAGCAAAUCCGGAAGCUGUUUCAGAUUCCUUGGCGAACAAUAUCAAGGAGUUCAGAUACGAUCCCGACAGCAAUGUUACGUUCGCUGCGUGGUAUAGUCGAUAUGAGGACUUGUUCGCGAAGGAUGCCAGCCGACUCGACGGAGAAGCAAAAGUGCGCUUGCUGAUGCGAAAGCUGGGGAUGUCGGAGCACGAAAGAUAUAUCUGCUUUAUUCUGCCAAAGGCACCGAAAGAUUUUGACUUUGCGGUGACGGUAAAAAAGUUGACCAGCUUGUUCGGUGCUGCCGAAUCUGUGAUUAGCCGGAGGAAUCGUUGCCUGCAAAUCGUCAAGCAGCCACAGGAGGAUUAUGUGACGUAUGCAUGCCGCAUUAACAAAUCGUGCGUCGAGUUCGAGCUGUCCAAGCUAUCGGAGGAGCAGUUCAAGUGCCUCGUAUUCGUGUGUGGCUUGAAGUCGGACAAAGAUGCAGAUGUGCGGAUGCGGCUGUUGUCGAAGAUUGAGGAGCGGAAUGAUGUUACGCUGGAACAGCUGUCGGAAGAGUGUCAACGUUUGUUGAACUUGCGGCACGAUACUGCGAUGAUUGAGGAGAACUCAAUGUCUGUGAAAGCCUUGAAGACGAAGCAGUACCGUUUCAAGGGAACCUCGCCGUCGAAGCUCAACCAGUCCGGUAGUGAGAAGGGUAGUUGGAGAGCGAGCAGCGGGAAGACUAGUCCGGAAACAGCUUGUUGGCUAUGCGGUGGCAUGCAUUACGCCAGGGAGUGCACGUACAAAAGCCAUAAGUGCAGCGAUUGCAGCCAGGUAGGCCAUAAGGAUGGCUACUGUCGGAGUGCAGCGAAGGUAAAAUUUAGGCGACGGAAGCCCAACGUUGCAGCGGCCAAGGUAGUGACUGUGAAUUCGUGCAGUGUGCAGGAGCGUCGAAAGUACGUGCCGGUUGGAAUCAAUGGAUUACCGGUGCGUAUGCAAAUCGAUACGGGGUCUGACAUCACGAUAAUUUCGUCGGAUACCUGGUGCAAGAUUGGCAGCCCUUCAACGUCUGCGUCGACGAUUAUCGCAAAGACAGCCAGUGGUAGGCCAUUGCAGAUUGAAGGUGAGUUUUCUUGGUAUCUUUCCAUUGACCGGCGAGUGUUGCGUGGCUUGAUUCGGGUCACCAAGGAACAGUUACACCUGUUGGGUUCUGACACGAUCGAUGCUUUCGGAUUGUGGUCGGUUCCUUUCGAUUCAAUUUGCAACCAGAUCAGCAGCACUCCGGCCAGUGUAAGCGGGUUAAAGGCAGAGUACCCGAAUGUGUUUUCUGGCGAUCUUGGGCUAUGUAAGAAAACGAAGGUGAAGUUCCAGUUGAAGGCCGGAAUUACCCCUGUGUUUCGUCCAAAGCGUCCGGUAGCGUAUGCCAUGUACCAGACGGUGGACGAUGAACUGGACCGAUUGGAGCGAAAGAAAAUUAUCGAACCGAUAGACUUCUCGGAGUGGGCAGCUCCGAUUGUGGUGGUUCGUAAGGCGAAUGGUACGAUCCGUAUCUGUGGGAAUUAUUCAACGGGACUGAAUGACGCUCUACAGCCCCACCAGUACCCUUUGCCUCUUCCGCAGGACAUUUUCGCUAACCUAGCAAACUGCACCGUCUUCAGCCAAAUAGAUUUGACGGAUGCGUUUUUGCAAGUGGAGGUGGACGAAAGUUCUCGUGACCUCCUGACCAUAAACACGCAUCGAGGACUGUACCGCUACAAUCGUCUCCCGCCAGGGUUGAAGGCAGCGCCGGGAGCGUUCCAGCAGUUGAUCGACACGAUGCUGGUUGGCCUGAAAGGAGUGAGCGGCUACCUGGAUGACAUCGUUGUCGGCCAGGAAGGUGUUGAGCCUGUUCAAGCGUCGGCCGAAUUUUUCGAUCCACGAUGCGACGAAGAAGGCGACAUCCACGAUGAAAUGUACCGGCAUCCACGUCUACAAGGUCCGGAAGGCACCGAACCGGAACGACAAACAGAACUGUACCGGGAGUGGCUGACGAAACCGAGGUCCGUCCUGAUGGACGACGAGACUUACAUCAAGGCAGCACACAGCAGUUGCCGGGGCAGGAGUUUUACGUUGCCACGGUCGGCCGUUCCUGAAGAGGUAAGGAAGAAGAAGGUUGACAAAUUGGCCAUCUGUGGGUGUGUCAAGAUGAGCCAGCCGUACAUCACGACGGGGACCAUCAACGGACAAAUCUACCGGGACGAGUGCCUCCAGGCGAGACGCUGUUUUGGCCGGAUUUGGCAUCCGCGCGGCCUGUGUUAG